UUUCGUCGAAGCGACCAGCUUAUUUUAACAACAACACGUUGGGACAUGCACAAUUUACAUCUAGCAGUGACGCAAGUGUAAAUAAGUAGCUAGUUGAACAGACUUUAACCAGUAACAAGCCUUAUCCAGACGAUGAAGACGCUGUUUUUUGCUGUUGUGAUUUUUGCCGCUUUCUCUGUAAGCUCUACAGCGGUUGGAAUUGGUUAUGCUGGUCAAAGCUUUUUCCAAAGCACUCGCGAAGAGGACACCGUCGCCAGGCGAAUGUCAGAUGAACUCAGCCACCUCAUGGCGCCCCCGAUAUUUCACAAAAAAUACUGGGAUGUCAUCUUCAUUUUAGACAGCAGCGGCAGCAUUGGGGCAUCUGACUUUGGUUCGGCCAAAUCUGCUUUACAGAGCAUGGCAGGGGUUAUCAACAUCUUCUCGUCUAUCGGCCCCGGCAAGACGAGAGUAGCUGGCAUACGAUACGCCUCGUGGGUUGAUGUUCAGUUCAACUUUGAUGUCCAUGAUUCAUUAGGAGAGGUGAAUAGUGCGCUGGGUGCUAUUCCUUAUGUAGGUGGAUUCACUAAAACCCGUCUGGCACUAGAAAAAGCCUUAGAUAUGUACCUGAAUGACGGCGAUCCCGACAAUGCCAAGUUGAUCUGGCUGACAACUGACGGAAAGUCCAGCUUUGGUUACGAUCCCAUUGCUAUAGCAACAAACCUGAAGAACAUUGGAGUGCAAAUAUUCGUGGUUCCGGUUGGUACCAGUGUGGACAUGACGGAGAUCAACGGCAUGGGCUCGUCCUUUUCCCGCGUCUUCUCCGUACCCUCCUAUUCAUCUUACAGACAAGUAGCCUCCAUGGCACUGUCUUAUGCCUCACAGUCGAAGGAUCUACGCAUGCCCGGUGGCGAAAUUAGAGGGGGGGCCGGACCAGCCGAACACCCCCUUUCAGUCUCUAGAAAUAACUCACCCCAACAAACUCUAUCUUAAAAUUCUACCACAAAUAACUAACAUUGGAGUACACUCUGCCAUUAAAUAUAGGAAAGCAAUGGCUUUUCCAAUGACAGCCCUUUUCGAUAAUCUCAUUACCACCUCCGGCUCCAUGAUCACAAGGGACGCAUGUUGUAUUGCAGGUAUUGAGCAUAAGGAAAGUGGAUAAUUCUUCAGCCUGUUUACCAACAUCCUUCUCUAAAUCACUUUUAAAUUCGCAGUUUCUGUAACUUCAUACGUACAUAACACAUAAAUGGGGAUGUUGAUCAGAAAUAAAUGUUUGCUACACUUCA